AUGGAAGUAGUCCAGAAAGAGCAUGACCGGCUCAUGAAGAGGCUCAAGGCUUCUCAAGGCAUUAAGAAUGUCCAGUCGACAAUCGAACUUCUGCAAUCUGCCCGAGAUGCCAUAGCUGCUGACCCCGAGUCGGCGCCGGUUACUAUGGCCAAGCUCCAGACGCCAGUUAAAUCGUCAUUUGACUCGAUCAACGACAGCUUGAAGGAAACCCAUAGUGGCUUGAACAAAUAUACCAAAUCUCUCGAUAAGCUCUUCAAAGACCGUCCUCUUCCAAGCACCGAUCACGAUGCCCUCUCCUCACAAGAAAACCUGAUCAACCGCGCGAUUGCGAUGCACCUCCUCCGGGAGGGUCAGUUCGGCGUCGCCGCCACCUUCCUCUCCGAGAUCUCCGAUCGUGAAACGAACAGUACACAACAGAAAGGCGAGAGCGCCAGUGCGAGUGCCACCACAAACCUACUCGACAUCGAUGAAGUCCCCUCGACCGAGAUUAGAAAGCAGUUCGCCUCCAUGUACUACAUUCUCCAACAACUACAAGAACACAAGAACCUCCUACCAGCAAUCGAAUGGUCGAGGGAACACCGCCAGGCUCUGGAAGCGCGAGGCAGCAAUCUGGAAUUUGAGCUUUGUCGUCUCCAAUAUGUGUGGCUAUAUCACGGCGGAUCGAGUGGUCAAGACGGGCCAGCAGGCUGGCAGGAAGCUCUCGCAUACGCCCGUCGUGAGUUUUAUGUGUUUGUUCCACGAUACCUACGAGAAGUGCAGCAGCUUGUUGGUGCCAUGGCCUAUUCGCCCAACCUCGAAGCUUCCCCUUAUGCGUCUCUCUUCAAUACUGCCUCCGCAUGGGACGACGUGGCCCACUUCUUCACGCGCGAGUUCUGUUCUCUCCUCGGCUUGUCCGCAGACUCCCCACUUUACAUCGCUGCCACUGCCGGUGCAAUCGCAUUGCCAACGCUGCUGAAAUUACAGACUAUCAUGCGAGCGAAGCGCACCGAGUGGACAUCCGAGAACGAGCUUCCUGUAGGAAACCCCCGCCACGCUGUUUAUGUCGAAAUAUCCCUCCCACCUUCCUACCUCUUCCACUCGAUCUUUGUCUGUCCCGUAUCCAAGGAACAAGCCACAGACGAGAAUCCGCCCAUGAUGAUGCCUUGUGGACAUGUCAUCGCAGAGGAAUCACUGAAGCGUCUUGGUAAGAGCAACCGGUUCAAAUGCCCAUACUGUCCAAGCGAGAGCCACCCCAAGGAUGCGCGCAAAGUGUUCCUGUGA